CUUUUUAUGGACAGGUUCCUUCCUCCUAGUCAGCGGGAUGCUUUGCGCGAUCAGUUUGAAAAGCUUCGACAGAACGACAUGACUGUGGCACAGUAUGAUGCAGAAUUCACCAGGUUGUCUCGUUAUGGUCUCGAGAUCAUUCCUACUGAGGAGGAUCGGGUCAGGAGAUUUGUGAAUGGGUUGAUAAGGUCCCACCGUACCGCCUUGGCUACUGAGGUGCGGAGGUCUACCUAUGAUCAAGUUCUAGAUAGUGCUAUGCGUCGAGAGGGAUACUAUCUAGAGGACAAGACUGAGCGAGAAGGGAAGAAAUCGCGUACAUCAGUGGCAUCCGGUUUGGCUCCAUCUGGGAGCAAGGGUGUUCAGGGUAAGGGGUCAUCUAGACCUCCUCAGUCAGCUUCACAUAAUCAUUCUCAGGACUCACCUAGUUCUCAGUCAGCCCGGCAGGGGCAGGGGCAGCAACAGCACCAGAGACGUAGUUCUUUUCAGAACAGGGCUUAUCGUUGUUCUUCUUGUGGGAAGAACCAUUCAGGCAGGUGUAUGAGGGGUUUCACUGGAUGCUAUACUUGUGGGGAGCAGGGUCAUUUGUCUUUUGCAUGUCCUAGAGUUGUAGGCGCAGGCCAGCCGGCAGCCCAGCAGCAGGGUGCCAUUGCGGCCCCACCUAUAGCUGCAGUUCCAGCUAGAGCAGUACCACAGGCAGGUCGUGGAGCAGCUAGACAGGGUACUCAGGGUGCACAGGCAGUGGGUGGACAGCCCCGUUUCUUUGCUUUGGCCAGACAGGAUGUUGAUGCAUGUGAUGCAGUAGUCACAGGUGUGGAUAACGGUGACCAGAUAGCCGAUAUUUGAUUCACUCCAGCUUUGUUCAGUCCAAUUCAGUCGAGGUGAGCCACCAUUAGAUCAUGGCGGCCUCUUCUUCGUUAGUUGACUUAGUAGUAUUCCGAGCUAUGUCUCGUACUUUUAUAUUCAGACUAGUAGUUCCAUGACUUAGACAUUUUUAUAGGGUUUAUGGGCAAGACUCAGUAUUUGUAUUUCGCUUCCGCACUUUUCUUUA